AUGACGGUCGACCUCGCCCUCGACAAGCCCGACCCGAUCCUCCUGUCGCUCUUCGCCAAUCGCUUCAUGUCGGUCGCAGAAGCUGCAGGACGCAGUCUACAGCUCACCUCGAUCUCGACCAACAUCAAGGAGCGCCUCGACUUCUCGUGCGCCCUCUUUGCGCCCAACGGCGACCUCAUUGCCAACGCUCCUCAUCUUCCUGUACACCUCGGCUCGAUGUCGUUCGCGGUGCGGUACCAGGUCGACACGCUCGGCAUCGGCGCAGAUGCACCGAGUGGCGACGGUAUCGUCGACGGCGACGUGCUCCUCACCAACUCGCCCAAGGCUGGCGGCUCUCACCUGCCCGACAUCACCGUCAUCACGCCCGUCUUCGACGAGUCGAAGCAGAAGUUGAUCUUCUUCACGGCGGCGCGCGGCCACCACGCCGACGUGGGCGGUAUCCUCCCUGGAUCGAUGCCGCCUACGUCCAAGACGAUCUUUGACGAGGGGGCCCAGGUCACGUCGUUCAAAAUCGUGCGCGCCGGCAAAUACGACCGCGAGGGCCUCAUCGAGCGCCUCGUCACCGAGCCGGCCAAGUACCCUGGCUCGACCGGCAGCAGGUGCUUCCGCGACGUCGAGUCGGACUUGCAGGCCCAGAUCGCUGCCAACAACCGCGGUGUGCAGCUUCUCCAUGCUCUCAUCGCCGAGUACGGCCUCAAGACGGUCCAGGCCUACAUGUACCACAUCCGCGACAACGCCGAGGACGCCGUGCGCAACCUCCUGCGCAGCGUCGCCGCCAAGAUGGGCACCCGCCUGCACGCCAUCGACUACAUGGACGACGGCACGCCCAUCGAGCUCACCAUCACGAUCGAUCCCGAGUCGGGCAGCGCCGUGUUCGACUUUGAGGGGACGGGCCCGGAGAGCUACAGCUCGUUGAACGCGCCAGUCAGCGUCUGCUCGUCCGCCGUCAUCUACUGCCUGCGCAUCCUCGUCGACGAGGAGAUCCCGCUCAACGCCGGCUGCCUCGCGCCCAUCGAGUUCAAGAUCCCCGAGGGCUCCAUCAUCAACCCGUCCGAGACGGCAGCUGUCGUCGGCGGCAACGUCAUGACGUCGCAGAGGGUCACCGACGUCGUCCUGCGCUGCUUCGAGGCCGUCGCCGCCUCGCAAGGGUGCUGCAACAACCUGACGAUGGGCGAGGACACGUGGGGCAUGUACGAGACCAUCGCCGGCGGGUCGGGCGCGGGUCCCUCGUGGCAAGGCGAGAGCGGGAUCCAUUGUCACAUGACAAACACGAGGAUCACGGACGUCGAGGUCCUCGAACGCCGGUACCCGGUCAUCCUGCACGAGUUCAGCAUCCGCGACGGCUCGGGCGGCAAGGGCAAGUUCAACGGCGGCGACGGCGUCACGCGCGAUUUCGGGUUCACCAAGCCGCUGCAGGUCAGCAUCUUGAGCGAGCGUCGCGUCAACCAGCCGUACGGCCUCAAGGGCGGCGAGCCCGGGCAACGCGGGCGCAACCUGUGGAUCAAGCAGCGCCGCGAAGAGGACGGCGACCUCAAGCCCGACGCCGGCCCUCGCACGAUCAACCUCGGCGGGCGCAACACGUGCCGCAUGGGCGCAGGCGACCGCAUCCGCAUCGAGACGCCGGGUGCGGGCGCGUUCGGGCGCGAGGGCGACGCCGACGACGAGGCGGUCGAGGACAAGCCGAAGCGCAAGCCGACGCUCGUCGGACUCGUCGGGAGCUUGGCCGAGCGGGCGGCGGCGCAGCUGGGCGUGUAG